UGACACGUAAAUAACCGUGGGCCUUGCAAGUCCAGCAGCGCAAGUCGGCCGGGGCUUGCCAGCUUGCUUAUUUAUUAACGUCAAUUUGUUUUGUUUGUUUUUGUGUUUUUGUGUACGCUCUAAUCCUUCCCCGCACUCCGAGUAACGUGCAGCAAUGGGUGGGAUAUUCUCAGGCCUGCUCGCCAAGCUGUUCGGCAGCCGGGAGAUGAGGAUCCUCAUCCUAGGACUGGAUGGUGCUGGCAAGACCACCAUCCUGUACCGGCUGCAGGUUGGAGAGGUCGUCACCACCAUCCCCACCAUUGGAUUCAAUGUUGAGACUGUGACCUACAAAAAUCUGAGGUUCCAAGUGUGGGAUCUUGGAGGACAGACCAGCAUCAGGCCUUACUGGCGCUGCUACUACUCGAACACGGACGCCAUCAUUUACGUGGUCGACAGCUGCGAUCGUGACCGCAUGGGUAUCUCGAAGUCUGAGCUCGUGGCCAUGCUGGAGGAAGAAGAGCUGAAGAAGGCCAUCCUCGUGGUGUUCGCCAACAAGCAGGACAUGGAGCAGGCAAUGACACCCACCGAGGUGGCCAACUCGUUGGGCCUGUCCGCCCUGAAGGACCGCAAGUGGCAGAUCUUCAAGACGUCCGCCACCAAGGGGACCGGGCUCGAUGAGGCCAUGGAGUGGCUGGUGGAGGCUCUAAAGACGAGGCAGUGAAUACCACUGGAGUGAAUUAAUCCUUUGAUUCCACCAAGUCCACGAUUAUGUAAAGUAUCCUUCGUAUCUGGAGGUGACCAGCCGGGUGCCCCAAUCCCACGUGUGUACAGGGUUAAGGUGCAAGAGAAUACAUUGUUGCUGUUUAAACCUCAUUGGAAGGUCACAUUCCGUGUCCUUAAAGAAUGACUUUGGGUUUCUGUUUUUGCCUAUCGGUCCCUCGUUUUCAGCUGUAUAAAUGCGGUGGAUGUGUCAUGAUGUGGCAUUGAUGCAUGCGUAGAUGUGAGCCUCCAUUAAUGCAUCUUUAUUUGCAACUGGAGAUGUGAUAUUCUCUGGAGCUUAUCGCUAACACCAUUAGUGUUGAGGAUAUAUAUUUAACGUCCAAACUGACAUCACCGAAAACUAAAACGUGACCGUGCAACACUUUUCUUCUUCUUCUACUACUUAUUCUUGGCCAUUUAAAAAAUAAUUCCUGAGGUCUGUGUUCAUGUCUUUGCUUUUGUAAGCCUGGUGUCUAUAGCUAGCUGUCCACUGCAACGUUUUGCGUUACUCUUCAAUAAACAAGUUUUCGAUUUAAAGGCA